AUUUUAAUCACUUUUAUUAUAGUAAAAAUUUUGCUUAUAAAGGCUGGCUAUAACCGAAGAAGCAUCAAUAAUUCAACCCGGGUAGAUUGGGGACAAGGAUGGCUACCACUGGCUCACUGGAAGAGUGGAUGAUGUUAUCAAUGUUAGUGGAUAUCGUAUUGGAACAGCAGAGGUGGAAUCUGCUCUAGUUUCUCAUCCCCAAUGCACAGAAGCUGCUGUAGUUGGUAUUGAGCAUGAGGUCAAAGGACAAUGAAUAUAUGCCUUUGUCACUCUUGUGGAGGGUGUUCCCUAUAGUGAAGAACUCCGGAGAAGUCUUAUACUAACAGUGCAAAAACAGAUAGGAGCAUUUGCAGCACCAGACAAAAUACAUUGGGCACCUGGUCUUCCAAAAACUAGGAGUGGAAAGAUAAUGAGGAGGAUUCUGAGGAAAAUUGCUUCCAGGCAGUUAGAUGAGCUGGGUGACACAAGCACACUUGCAGAUCCAACUGUUGUCCAUCAGCUUAUUGAACUAGCUGAUUGCUAAAACUUCAUAGAACUUGUCCUUAGCAGGUCAUCCGAAAUGGGAAUCUUUGAACAAUAGGAUGAAGAACUAUUCUUAUUUCGACACAAGAAAAGGAAAAUGCCUUUUCUGUGUCAAAGACCAGUAAGACGAAGGAAGAAGACCCUGUAUUUAUUUGAAUUAGUAAUUUUAUUUUUUUUUUAAACUUUUUGUUCUACUCAUUUCUCCUUCCUUUCGAUUUUCUGCUUAUUUAUCUUAUGUUAUUUAUCUUAAUGUUUAGUAUCUUUUCAAAUUUGAUUCUAUUAGAAUAAAAAACAAAACUCAUUCUGUGCCAUUGAAAUAUAACUAUUAAAAAAAAGGCGCACCCCUCCAAUCCAAUUUUGAUUGAAAAUUGUACAUAGUGCAAAGCACUUGUUUUUCUUUAUCCUUUUCUUACAAGGGCAAUAUAUGUCAGAUUCAGAUGUGUUAAACCAGCUAUUACCUUGUUCUAGUGUACUAGAAAAGAAUGAAAGUUGAUGCUGUAAGCUCCAUUGUUUGCUUAUAAUAAUUUGGCUUAUUUAAU